AUGGCAAUCCCUGACGACAUUCUGCUCGCCGAUGCUGCGGGCACAAUCCCUUCGGAUGUAUCGCUCGAGCAUCUGGCAGAGUCGCGCGAUCGCCCGGCCAAGGUAGCCAUCAUCUUCAUGGUCUGCCUAGCUGGCGUACUGAUGCUCGUCCGUCUGUAUGCACGGACAUGGCUGGUGAAGAAGAUCGGCAUGGACGAUAUCCUGGCCGUGCUCACGAUGAUAAUCUACAUCGCCUUCGUCAUCCUCUCCAUAAUCCUCAUCGACCUCGGAAGCGGUCGCCACAUGGAAUACAUCCAAUACGUGCUAUCGAUGUCCACCGUCCGCGAGACCGAAGUGCUCGACUUCGUCGCCCACGUUCUCUACACCACGGCGCUGUUCUUCUGCCGUCUCUCUGGUCUCGCAUUCUAUCAUCGACUGGCCGCCCGGUCCGGCAAACUGCAUCUCGCCAUCCAGAUCGCCGCCGUGUUCCUUCUCGCCGCCUACCUGCCCCAGCUCUUCCUGCUGAUCUUCCACUGCCGUCCGGUUACCGGCUUGUGGCCGUACCCCUGGCAGCAGGAACCCGUGCAAUAUACAUGUCUGUCCUGGGGUCUUGUGUAUUCUGUUAACUCGGGCUUGUCGUUGACUUGCGACGUCCUCAUGUUCAUCAUCCCAGCUAUCCUUAUUAAGAACCUGCAUGUGUCGAUGAAACGGAAAGCCCAGCUCUCGUUGGUUAUGUUUCCUGGUGUACUCGUAAUCGUCAUCUCUACGAUUCGCGUCUACCUCGUCGCGCGCGGCCAAUGGGCCGAAGACGGCAGCUGGGCAUACAACCCAAUGAUGGGAAUCGAGAACGCCGAGAUCGCAGGAACAUUAAUCGCGCUGUCCGUGCCCGCGCUGAAGCCCGUGUUCGGGAACCUGUUCAGCCAUCUAACCGAGUAUACGACGUCGAGUCGCAACAACCGGUCCGGGUCGGCGCAUUUGCGGACGCAAUCGACGCGCAUGCGGUCCACCGCUGUGAGGGAUAGUAAGCGGCUCCUGGGGUGGUCGAAGCAUGGGAAUGACGAGUAUGAGAUGAUGGCGUCGGAUAAUGCGUCGAGGGGGAGUCAGGGGUUGGUUGGAGGUGGAGAGCAGGGUGUCGGCAGGACGAGGGAGAAGAGGAUUAAGGUGACGGAGGAAGUGUCGAUUAUCAGGGGGGCUGAAGAUGUUUAG